AUGAGCGUUGCCCAAAUGGCCCAACGGUGUCCUGAAAGCGUCUUCAAGGGACCUGCCAUUCUUGAUUCCUUUCGAUGGCAUAUCAAUGAGCGAGGCGUCGCCAGUGUGCUCAAGUCCGACGGCAAUCACUCCGUGGAAGGUCUUCUAUACGAGAUCAACGCCAAAGAUGAACUUGCAUUGGAUCGCAAUGAAGGAGUUUCGAAAGGCUUUUACCAAAAGCGUAUCAUGAAGGUCUCAGUACAGCCUCAUGAUCAAUACACAGACUUCAACACAGACGGGUUAGCUCUAUUGCUAAAACAAUUGCGCCAAGAUGUGGGUGAUGACAACAGAGUUUCAAGGCGUUCCCCAUGGAAGAAAGUCCCGGCACUUGUAUACGUCAGUGAGAAUUACACUAAGGAUGGCCCAGCUAGAGAGGAAUACAUUCCGAGGAUGCGCAACGCUAUUAAUGAUGCUGUGUAUCUUGGUGUGUCGAAGCCAUUUAUUAACAAAUACAUUGUUCCGUAUCUCCGAGAACAAAAGAAAUUUCCAGAGCAAGCACCAGCAGCGGAAGCACAGGGCCCUGUCGCUAAGAAGGUGAUGUCGCGACAGAAUAGUGUCAAGGCGAGUCGCAGUAGAAGCAGGACGCGUCGCAAUACAAGCAAGACGCGUGGAACCGAACAAAAAGUGUCGCAAAGCCAGCCAGGGAAGGCGGGAGGUCCCUCUUCCGACAUGACUGAUCUUCUAAGUCACGAUGACUGCCUUUGCAUAUUCCCAGUUGAGAUGUUGAAGGCCAUAGAUCAGGUCCGCGUUUUCGAAGGAAAGAUGAUAACAGACCAUUACAUUGUUGUGGAAAGGAGAACAGCAACUGAAACAAGCGUCAGUCUUGACGUAAAUGCACCAAACCCCCGUCGUGCCAAUGAGCUUGUCAUGAAAACGUUCAAGGAUAUUCUUAAGAAAGAACUCAAAUCCUCUGAAGCUCAGGGCAUUGUUGGAUCGUUGGGUCAAUUGGCAUGGAAGAUGGAACAGCGUCAGCAUCUUCAUCUUAAAUGUUCAAAGCCUAGGGAGAAGCCGUGGUUAGUAAAGCUCUUCUGGUUACCGCGAACACGUGUAUCUGGCUGA